UCCCUUCCCCGGGGCAUUUCUCCCGCCGCAGCGCCUGUACCCACACUGUGAUGGCCUGGUUGCCACUCCUGCCGUUCCUGCCGGCCCUGCUGCUGCUGCUCCAAGUCCCCGCGGCGGCGCACGCGUCCCCGCUGGGCACACUCCCCGCGGGGACAGCCCCCUGCAAGGCUGGUGCCCUGUGCCCACAGGUGUCCCUUGGGAAGUCCGACUCACCACCUGUCAACGUGAGCCUCUACUACGAGGCGCUGUGCCCUGGCUGCCGGUACUUCCUGAUCCGAGAGCUGUUCCCGACAUGGCUGAUGGUUAUGGAGAUCCUCAACGUCACACUGGUGCCCUAUGGAAAUGCCAGGGAGCAGAAUGUCAGUGGCAGGUGGGAGUUCACGUGCCAGCAUGGGGAGGAGGAGUGCAAGCUCAACAAGGUGGAGGCCUGCCUGUUGGACAAGCUGGAGAGCGACGUGGCCUUCCUAACCAUUGUCUGCUUAGAGGUUAUGGAUGACAUGGAGAAAAAUCUAAAGCCAUGCCUACAGGUGUAUGCCCCAGAUGUGUCCGCAGAUACCAUCAUGGAGUGCGCAAUGGGAGAUCGGGGCACACAGCUCUUGCAUGUGAACGCCCAACUUACAGAUUCUCUGGAGCCGCCCCACCAGUAUGUGCCUUGGGUCGUCGUUAAUGGGAAACCUUUGGGUGAGAAGAGCCAGCUCCUACCCCUUGUGUGCCAGUUGUACCAGGGUAAGAAGCCGGAUGCCUGCUCACUCAUGACCAGCUCCCACAGGGAUGUCUGCCUCAAGUGAUGGCCUUGGACGUCUGACCGAGGACUGCCUCGGUCCUUGGAGGGAACUGAUGGAAGAAGAAUGAGCUCCCACUGGCCCCCAUUUUUCUGAUCCCUGACUCACCAGCUAUGGCUCUCGAUCUAGAUAACUUACACAUCCCAUGAAGUCCAACUCAAAAUUUUGCCCCAAGAUCAAGAAUCUUGCCCCACCAAAAAUGGUGCUACGUUGAAAUGAGCUUAAUAAACCUUUCCAGAUGCUGUGA